AUGCCUUUUUCAUCGGAUGCAAAAGAUCCUCUGUGUUUGCAAUGGAGAAAAACAGAGCUACCUAUGUUUUCAAAAGAUGGAGAUAUAAUUAUUGGGGGUAUUUUCUCUUUGCAUGAUAACCCAAUUGAUGACAAUCUAACAUUUACAAGUAUGCCAGAAGUAUCACAAUGCAAGGGUCUCAACUUCAGAGAACUUCAGUUUGCACAAAGUAUGAUAUUUACAAUUGAUGAAAUAAAUAACAGCACAGACAUCCUGCCGGGUAUUGUUCUGGGCUAUAAGAUAUAUGAUGCUUGCAGAGAUGUACAAUUGGCUAUUAGAUCAGCGAUGGCCUUAGUGAGUGGAAAUGGGGAAGGAUCCCUUGGAGACAAGUCUUGUGCCAAACCAUCUUCUGUUCUUGCAAUUAUAGGACCAUCUAGCUCAGCGCCAACUGUUGGAGUUGCAAAAGCUCUGGGGCCUUUUAAUGUACCAGUGAUUAGUCAUGGUGCCAGCUGUGCAUGCCUUAGUGAUAAAAAGCUUUUUCCUGCUUUCUUAAGAACAAUUCCUAGUGAUUAUUAUCAAAGCAGAGCUCUGGUUCAACUUGUGAAACAUUUUGGAUGGACCUGGGUUGGAGCAAUAAGAAGUGAUGAUGAUUAUGGUAAUUAUGGAAUGGCUACAUUUGAACAAAUUGCACAACAGGAAGGUGUCUGCAUUGAAUAUUCUGAGACCAUAUACCGAACCUACCCAAGAGAGAAAUUUCGUAGAACUGUUAAUACUAUUAAGUCAUCCUCCUCAAAUGUCAUCAUAGGCUUUGUUAAUUUUUAUGAUCUGGAAGUUCUCCUUGAAGAAAUGUAUUUGAAGAAUGUAACUGGUUUUCAGUGGAUAGGGUCAGACUCUUGGAUUUCAGCAAGAAAUCCAUCAAUGAUGGAAUAUUACAAACUUUUGAAGGGUGCAAUUGGAGUUCAAGUUAGUGAUGCUAUUAUACCUGGACUAAAAGAAUUUCUAUUGAAUGUUCGUCCAUCAAAUAUACCUGGGAAUUCUGGCAUGAAUACGUAUUGGGAAUUUCUUUUUAACUGCACUACAUCUUCUCAAGAUGGCACUGCAACUUUUUUGCCAUGCACAGGCACUGAAAAUUUAGGUGCAGUGAAUACUCAAUAUACUGACAUGUCGAAUAAUGGAUAUUCUGGUAAUGCAUAUAAAGCUAUGUAUGCAAUAGCUUAUUCACUACACAAUCUCCUGAAAUGUAACAGUCCUGAGCAAAUCGCCAGUAAAAGAUGUUCAAACAGGACAUCAGUUGAACCACUGCAGGUACUGCAGUAUCUAAAAAUUGUAAACUUUACAGCAAGCAAUGGAGAAAACUUUUAUUUUGAUGAGAGCGGAGACCCUGCAGCAAAAGUUAAAACAUAUGACUUGAUAAACUGGCAGUUAGAUAAAGAAGGUUUAAUACAAUUUGUAACAGUUGGUGCAUAUUAUGCAUUUCUACCAGAAGAACAGCAGUUCAUGAUAAAUUACAGCCGCAUAGUUUGGUCUGGGCCAGGACAAAAGGUGCCAAAAUCUGUGUGCAGUGACAGUUGUCAGCCUGGAACUCGUAAAGCAGUCCAGAAAGGAAAGCCUGUCUGUUGUUAUGACUGUAUACCCUGUGCAGAUGGUGAAAUUAGCAAUAGAACAGAUUCACCUGACUGUUUAAAGUGCCCUCUAGAGUACAAAUCAAAUAAGGGAAAAAAUCAAUGCAUUUUAAAGGAAAUUGAGUAUUUAUCCUUUGAAGAACUUAUGGGAAUAUUACUAGCAACGUUUUCUUUGUUGGGUGCUUCCCUAAGUACCAGCAUUGCAUUUGUCUUUUACCUGAAGAGAGAUACACCCAUUGUUAAAGCUAACAAUUCUGAAUUAAGUUUCCUGCUUCUCUUUUCUUUGGCAUUAUGUUUUCUUUGUUCGCUUACAUUUAUUGGUCAGCCUUCUGAUUGGUCCUGCAUCUUACGCCACACUGCAUUUGGAAUCACAUUUGUUCUAUGUAUCUCUUGUGUUCUGGGGAAGACUAUAGUUGUGCUGAUGGCCUUUAGGGCCACCUUGCCUGGUAGUAACAUUAUGAAGUGGUUUGGGCCAACCCAACAGCGAUUAAGUGUUUGCGCUUUUACACUCAUACAAGUAGUCAUAUGUCUAUUUUGGUUAUUGAUAUCUCCCCCUUUCCCAAAUAAAAAUAUGAAGCACUCCUCAGAAAUUAUUAUUUUAGAAUGUGAUUUGGGGUCUGCCACUGCUUUUUAUGCAGUUUUAGGUUACAUCGGAUUUCUUUCUGGUCUGUGCUUCAUCUUGGCAUUUUUGGCUCGGAAAUUGCCGGACAACUUCAAUGAAGCCAAAUUCAUUACAUUUAGCAUAUUAAUAUUUUGUGCUGUUUGGAUAACUUUUAUUCCUGCAUAUAUAAGCUCACCUGGGAAAUACACAGUGGCUGUGGAGAUAUUUGCUAUUUUAGCUUCCAGCUUUGGUUUACUCAUUUGUAUUUUUAUUCCAAAAUGUUAUAUUAUAUUGCUUAAACCAGAGAAAAAUACAAAAAAAUAUCUAAUGGGAAAAAUGCCUCUAAAAACCUAA